UGAUUCUAAUUCACUUUCUCCCUGUGUGUUCCUCCUCCACAUCCUUUUGUGCUGGGUCAGGGGAGAGAUACCAAUCUCUACUUUCGAUUUGGGACACCGUCGUCGUAUCUAUAUUUUGAAUUGGAUCGCCCAACACUCUCUCUGGCUCUAAAAAAUGCAGCAUCAUUUCAAGUAUCGGGAAAGCUUGGUUGAAUUGAUGCUGUCAAUUGACAAAAUGUGUGGGAUUGCUUUCUUUGUGGUGUUUGAUGAUUUUAUGGACGUGAAAGGGUUGGCUUGAUGCUUCGGCUGUUCAAAAAACACUUUCUGUUCUUGCAGGAGUCUUGCAGAACUGCCAAGUAUGGAAGGCCCGGUCCUCCAUGGAGAAUAAAAUUAAGACAUAAUUACUCCAUCUUCAUUAUUUGGAAGGCAUAUUUGAUCGAGUGAUUUAUUGCUCUAAACAUAGUUGGGGUGUCUAUUGCUUGGCUCCAGUAUACUGGGACUUGAUUCCAGAAGUUCUUCAAGAAAUCAAGUGAUCAUUGUGUUGGUUGCAAUCUAUUGGUUUAUGUAGAAUUAUUGUGUAUGCUCUUGUUUUGGUGUGUUCCCUCUUGGAGUAUUACUGAUUGGAGCUGGCCAACCUGAAUUCAAUUUUGUUGUUGCUGCUUUCAAUUGAUCUUCAGCAGUGUAGAAGAAAGCAACAGUGGAUUCAGUGUUUACCUGGUUUGAUGGGGGCGACAACAUAUGACUUCUAGAAGUUUUGGGCUUAUUUCUAAAUACUUUCUUGCAUGCAGAUCAUCAGGCUUACUUCUGCUUCUAGAUAGCUUUUAAUCUUAUCUGAAGAUAGCUUGCAUCAUGGGAGUGGUGGCAGUAUUGCACACUUCUGAGUCUCUGCAGCUUGACUGCAAGGACAAGAAGCAUGUGACUGAGAAAGACGUGUAUAAUCAUCUACCAUCAAACGAAGAGCACAUACUUGGAGAAGAAUCAAGUCAAUCAACAGAUCACCAAAAGAUCAAUACUUUGCGUGAGAGAGGAUAUAUGGAAUAUGGAUGUCAACAUUACCGGAGAAGAUGCCGUAUUAGGGCCCCCUGUUGCAAUGAGAUUUUUAAUUGCCGCCAUUGUCACAAUGAGGCAAAAAAUAAUAUCAACAUUGAGCAGAAGCACAGACACGAUAUUCCCCGCCAUCAAGUUAAACAGGUUAUAUGUUCACUUUGUGAGACCGAACAAGAGGUUCAGCAAAACUGUAUUAAGUGUGGUGUUUGUAUGGGCAAGUACUUCUGUGGGACGUGUAAGCUCUUUGAUGAUGAUGUAUCUAAGAAGCAAUAUCAUUGCAGUGGCUGUGGAAUUUGCAGAACUGGAGGAUGUGAAAAUGUCUUCCACUGCUACAAAUGUGGUUGUUGCUAUCCAACUCAAAUGAAAAACAGUCACCCUUGUGUGGAAGGAGCAAUGCAUCACGAUUGCCCCGUUUGUUUCGAGUAUUUGUUUGAAUCUGUGAAUGAUGUCCUUGUUUUGCCCUGUGGACAUACAAUACAUAAAAGCUGCCUGAAUGAAAUGAGGGAACAUUUCCAGUAUGCAUGCCCUCUCUGCUCGAAGUCAGUUUGUGACAUGUCAAUGAUUUGGGAGAAGUUUGACAUGGAGAUUGCUGCUACACCAAUGCCUGAAGCAUAUCGAAACAAAAUGAUUUGGAUCCUUUGCAAUGAUUGUACUAAAACUUCUCACGUCCAAUACCAUCUUGUUGCCCAAAAGUGCUUGAACUGCAAAUCCUACAACACACGGCAAAUAAGAGGCUGAUGAAAUGCCUUUACAUGUGGGAAUUCUUAUUUCAACUGCACGAAAGCCAAACUACAUGUAAGAAAAAAAUAGUUUAUCAUGUGGCUCAGCAGUUACCAUGUUCAGGUUGGGGGCAAACUAGUUACGGUUACCCUUUUAGUUUUAGUGUUACAGUCUUCAUUGUGUAACUUGUUUGUUUGGGGUGAUGCCAACUUUCAAAUUAGCUAUUACUUUAUAUAUAUGUUCCUACAGGUACUGAUAAA